CGCAGGUGAGCGGCGGGACCGGACCCGGAACCGGAACCGGCGCCGGAACCGGGGCAGCGGCUCCGGGAGGGUGCGGGGGACCCGCCCCUGACACGCCCCCGACCCGCCCUCUCCGCUCCACUCCGCUCCUCUCCGCUGAGGUCCGGCCCGGUGCCGGUGCUCAGGGGCUCGGUCCGGACCGUCCCGUGCAGGUUCUCCGCCGACCCGGUUCGGCCCGUGCCGUUCGGGACCUACCUUCCCAAGCUCCGGUGUCCCCGCCAUGGCCGGCUACGGGGCCCCGGGCGCCCUGCCCGCGCCGAGCGGCCCCGGCUCCGCGCUGGAGGAGGAGGAGGAGGAGGAGGAGGAUGAAGACCCAUCCCUGAGCUGCGACGGCGACCUGGAGGUGAACCCCUACGACGGGCUGCCCUUCUCCUCCCGUUACUAUGAGCUGCUGCGGCAGCGCCGGGAGCUGCCGGUGUGGACCACAAAGUACAGCUUCAUGGAACACCUGGAGGGCAACAGCGGCAUCGUGUUGGUGUCCGGACCCCCCGGUACCGGCAAGAGCACCCAGAUCCCUCAGUGGUGCGCCGAGUACGCCCUGUCCAUGCGCUUCGCCCACGGGCUGGUGGCCUGCACCCAGCCCCACAGCCUGGCCGCCCUCAGCCUCUCGCUGCGCGUGGCCGACGAGAUGGACCUGAACCUGGGCCACGAGGUGGGCUACUGCGUGCCCCACGAGGACUGCUGCACCGCCGACACCAUCCUCAGGUUCUGCUCGGACGAGAUGCUGCUGCGGGAGAUGACGUCGGACCCGCUGCUGCGGCAGUACGGGGUGGUGGUGCUGGACGAGGCGCAGGAGCGCACGGUGCCCACGGACGCGCUGCUGGGGCUGCUCAAGGACGUGCUGCGCCAGCGCCCGGCCCUGCGGCUCGUGGUGGUCACCUCGCCCGCCCUGGAGCCGCGGCUGCGAGCUUUCUGCGGGGAUCCGCCCGUGGUGCGGGUGCCGGGGCGCGGCUCCCCGCCACAGCUGCUCUACCGCGAGCCGCCGGCGCACGGGAGCGUGGCCGCCGCCUGUCAGGCCGUGCUGGACAUCCACCGGCGCCAGGAGCCCGGCCACGUCCUCGUCUUCCUGGCCAGCGAGCAGGAGGUCUCGGAGUGCUGCGCUGCCAUCCAGACGGAGGCCGCGGCGCUGAGCCCGGCGCUGGGCCCGCUGCUGGUGCUGCCGCUGCACCCCGGCGUGGGCCGGGCGGCGCAGCGGCUCUACGAGGAGGCACCCGAGGAGAGCCGGGAGCGGCGCGUCGUCGUCACCCACUGCCUCGGGGACUCGUCCUUCUCGCUGGGCACCGUGCGCUUCGUCGUCGACUCGGGGCUGGAGCUGCGCAGCGUGUACAACCCCCGCAUCCGCGCCGAGUCCCAGGUGCUGCGGCCCAUCAGCCGGAGCCAGGCCGAGUCACGCAUGCAGCGAGCCGCCGGCAGCCCCCCGGGCACCUGCCUGCGCCUGUACUCGGAGGCCUUUGAGCAGCGCCUGCCCCCCAGCCCCGCGCCCCACGUCGGCGAGACCAGCCUGAGCCGCCUCGUGUUGCUGCUGAAGCGCCUGGACAUCGCCGACAUGGGCCAGUGUGACUUCCUCGACCGCCCAGCCCCCGAGUCGCUGAUGCAAGCGCUGGAGGACCUGGACUACCUGGCAGCCCUGGAUGACGACGGGAAUCUGUCGGAGGUGGGGAUCAUCAUGUCGGAGUUCCCGCUGGACCCGCAGCUGGCCAAGGCCCUCAUCGCCUCCUGCGAGUUCGACUGCGUGGAGGAGAUGGUCAGCCUGGCUGCCAUGCUCACAGCGUCCCCCUGCUUCGUGCCCCUGUCCACGCACCUGGAGGAGGCCGUGGCCCUGCGCCGGCGGACGCUGCUGCACCCCAACGGGGACCACUUCACCCUCAUCAACAUCUUCAAUGCCUUCCAGCAGCACGCGGGGGACGAGGGCUGGUGCCGGAAGCACGGCGUGUGCUCCGAGGCGCUGCGCCUGGCGGGCACCGUGCGUGCCGAGCUGCUCGAGGUCAUGCGCCGCAUCGAGCUCCCAGUGUCCCCACCCGCCUUCGGCUCCGACGCCAACGCCCUCAACAUCCAGCGGGCCCUCAUCUCCGGCUACUUCCUCAAGGUCGCCCGGGACAUCGACGGCUCCGGAAACUACGUGAUGCUGACGCACAAGCACGUGGCACACCUGGCCCCGGCCUGCGGGUACCUGCUGCGGCCGCCCCCGCGCCGCCUGCCCCCCUGGGUGCUCUACCACGAGUUCACCAUCUCUCAGGACAACUGCCUGCGCGUGGUCUCAGAGAUCCAGCCCCAGAUGCUGGCGGAGUUGGCCCCGCAGUAUUACCUGAGCAACCUGCCGCCCAGCGAGGGCCGGGACCUGCUGAUGGAGCUGCGGGAGAAGGUGGUGGCAGUGGAGGAUGCGCCGGCAGAGCCAGAGCUGGCGGCAGAGGCGGCCGGACGCGAGGAUGAGCAGGGGGACGUCUGCGUCCUGCAGUGAGCCGGAGCACCGGAGCCCCGCGGCGGGGGCUGCCUGGGCUUGGCCAUGACCCUGGGGACAGGGGAGCCCCGGGGAGGCCCCAGGGGGAGCUGUGUGGCUGCAGGGGCUGUCCCAGGUCCCA